CUUCUGCUUUACUCCCCUCUCUCCACUCCUCCCUCCACUGCUCUGCUCUGCUCUAUAUACGCCAUUGUCUCUUCUUCAUCUCUCCCUAUAUGAAUUGUAUCUGCUUCGAGACGAAGCAGAGCUGAUUCUUUCAUCAUUUCAUGGUGGUAUCACACGAUUGAGCUAUUGCCAUCUUCUUCUCCUCCUCCUUGGUUGGAGAGAUGGGGGACCAGCUGUCCGGGACGACCUCUAUAUUCGGGCUCCACCUGUGGGUGGUGGUGGGGAUCUGCGUCGGUGCCGCAAUCGUCCUCCUCCUCUUCUUCAUCUCCCUGUGGCUCGCCUCCCGCAGGUCCAAGGCCAGUAAAGGCGGCUGCGGCAGCACCAAGCCCACCAUCCCCGCGGUGUCCAAGGAGAUCCAGGAAAUCCAAAUCCAUCAGGUCCACACUAAGGUCCAGCCCGACCCGCUCUUCCCAGACCCGCCCGACCCCCUGCCCGAGGAAGAGAGCCUCGUCGGCUACAACAGGAUCCACAUUGAAAUCGGCAAGGACCACCGUAUUGCCUACCCAGACCGGUACUAUGGCGGUUCAUCCUCCCACGGCAGCGGCGAGGCUCCCAGAAGCGGCGGCGGCAGCGACCAGCCGGGACAGGCAGUGGUGCCGGAGGUUUCGCAUUUGGGGUGGGGCCACUGGUACACACUGAGGGAGCUCGAGGACUGCACCAAGGGUUUUGCCGACGAGAAUGUGAUCGGGGAAGGCGGGUAUGGGAUUGUUUACUAUGGUCUGUUUGAGGACAACGCUCAGGUUGCCGUCAAGAACUUGCUCAAUAACAGGGGGCAAGCGGAGAGGGAAUUCAAAGUUGAAGUUGAAGCCAUCGGACGAGUUCGACAUAAGAAUUUAGUCCGACUGCUUGGUUACUGUGCUGAAGGAGCUCAUAGGAUGCUGGUAUACGAGUAUGUAAAUAAUGGUAACUUAGAGCAGUGGCUUCAUGGAGAUGUGGGCCCUCAAAGUCCUCUGACUUGGGAUAUUCGAAUGAAAAUCAUUCUUGGAACUGCGAAAGGGUUAACUUACCUUCAUGAAGGGCUUGAGCCCAAAGUUGUUCACCGUGAUAUUAAAUCAAGCAACAUAUUGCUCGACAAGCAGUGGUAUCCCAAGGUCUCAGACUUUGGCCUUGCGAAGCUCCUCUGUUCUGAUAGUAGCUACAUCACGACCCGUGUCAUGGGAACAUUCGGCUAUGUAGCUCCCGAAUAUGCGAGUACGGGAAUGCUGAAUGAACGGAGCGAUGUGUAUAGUUUUGGGAUUUUGAUCAUGGAGAUCAUUUCUGGGAGAAACCCUGUUGAUUAUAGUAGACCUCCAGAAGAGGUGAACUUAGUCGACUGGCUUAAGAAGAUGGUUACAGACAAGAACCCGGAGGGAGUCUUAGACCCCAAGUUGCCCGAGAAGCCUACCUCCAGGGCACUAAAGAGGGUGCUCCUUGUUGCUCUACGAUGCGUCGACCCUACUGCACAAAAGCGGCCAAAAAUGGGCCACGUGGUUCACAUGCUAGAGGCUGAGGAUUCCCCCUUCAAAGAUGAACGGAGGGGUGGAAGGGACGGGGGACGCUCGUCCCAGAACAGUAGUUCGAGAGCCGGACUGACUGAGCAGACAGUGAGGGAAUCCGGUGAUGACAGCGGGGGACCCAAACACGAAAGCAUAGUGCAAGUGAACGAGAUGAGGAAUAGACAUGAAGAGCCGAAAGAAGAGAAGCUGUAAAGAAAUUCGAAUUUAUUAUACGGUAGACAAUAAUGCCCUUAUUCAGAAGCUGCCAUCCCACGUAUCAUUUGUACCACAAAAAUGUAUUGUACGUAUCAUUGUUUCUUCCCUUUCUUUUUUUUCACUUUUGCUGUAAUUCUUAUGGAAUGAUAAAAAAUUCUCUGAUUCAAUGGAGAAGCCCUUAAGCUUUGAGCCCUGCAUUUCUUUUA